AUACAUGUUUAUUGCUUUUGGGGCUUCAUUAGAUGGAUGGAAGCAAUGUAGACCAGUUAUAGUGGUAGAUGGAACAUUUUUAAAGACGAAAUGUGGAGGUACACUGUAUGCAGCUUGUGUUAAAGAUGGAAACAAUCAAAUUUUUCCUCUCGCCUUUGGAAUUGGGGAUUCAGAAAAUGACAAUGCAUGGAUAUGGUUCUUUACAAGACUAAAAGAAGCAAUAGGAGAACGAGAAAACUUAUGCAUAGUAUCUGACAGGCAUAAAAGCAUAAAAAAUGCAGUUGAACAAGUGUAUCCUGGUGUAUAUCAUGGAGUUUGUCUUUAUCAUUUGAAGCAAAAUCUAAGGACUAAGUUUAGGGGAUUACAUGUGCAUGCCAUAUUUGAAACUGCUUCAAGAGCGUACUCAGCUCAAGAAUAUUAUUCUGCCAUGGCUGAAUUACAGAAAAUUAGCCCUGAAAUGACUACUUAUCUUUUGGAAGCAAAACCAGAAAAAUGGGCUCGGCCAUUCUUUCCAACGAAGAGGUAUAACAUUCUUACAAGUAACAUUGCCGAAUCUAUAAAUGCAGCAAUUGUGCAUGCGAGAGAAUUGCCUAUAACGUCGUUAAUAGAAGCUAUAAGAGAGAUGCUUCAAAGAUGGUUUUCAACAAGAAAAGAAGCAGCAAUUAACCAAUUUGUUGAGGUGACAAAAUGGGCAAAUGAUGAAAUGGAAAUCAAACUUGAUGUGGCAUUUCGAAUGAAGGUAGAUGCAAUUGAUGCAAUGAAAUCUAGUGUCACAUAUGGUGAUCGAGUGUUUGUUGUCGACUUGGAACAACAUAUGUGCACAUGUAAUGAAUUUCAACUAGAGGGAAUUCCAUGUGCACAUGCUAUUGCAACAAUUGAAAGCAAGUACUUGGACAAGUACAAAUUUUGCUCAAAUUGGUAUAAAAAUUCUGUUUUGAAAGAGACAUAUGCAGGAUCAAUUAAUCCUCUUCCAGAUAAAGAUGAUUGGAGUGUCCCAGAUGAAAUUAUAGGAGAUAGCAUGAAAGCUCCAAAAUUCAAAGUAAAACAAGGACGUCCCAAGAAAAAAAGAUUUCCAUCAACAGGAGAAUUUCCCAAGCAUGUUCGAACAGUCAAGUGUGGAAAUUGCGGAAUAUUGGGGCAUAAUAGAAAGAAUUGUAAAAGCCAACCAAUUCUAAAAUAAGGAUAACAUUGAGUUGUGAAUUGCAUACAUAUCAUGAUCAUUGAGAUUGAUUAUUGUCCUUGAGAACAGUGCAUUAUGCAUGAAAGCAUAAACUGUUGUUAUCUGUUGCAGUCUAAAGACUAUAAAGAUGCAAUGUUAUACAUAUUUGUUGCGUUGUGGACUUGUGGAUAAGAAUGUUUAUACAUUUAUUAAAGUACAUUUGUUUUUUAUUA